GGUUUAAUUAAUCGAUUUUUAUAUUAAUCGAUCUCAAAUCGCCAUCCCUAUAAAAAAAUAAAAAAUGUAAACAGCAAAUAGUACUAUAGACAGAAACUUGAUGGAGGUGACCGUCACAUUACAUAAAUUUCAAUCCGAAAUAUAGUGCGUUUUCUGAAUUAACAACCUGAAUCGAUUUUGCAAUUUCAUUCUCUGAUACGCCUAUCGUGAUUAUUACAAAAAGUCUUUCCAUAUUACUGUUUUAUUUUAUUUUAUACGUCGGUAUACUCUCUUAUUCUCAUACAAACUCCUUGGAUAUCUAAUGUUUUUUACGCCAUGGAAAUGCAAGACGGCAACUUUCAGACCAUCAUGAGUACUUGGCGUCGUAUGUCUGGAGAAGAGAUAGAAUCUUCUGCUAUAGUUAGUAUGUCUGGAGACUCCAACGAAUAUGAUGUCCACAAGAAGAAAGAGGAGGAUAGCCAUUUAUUAGUUCCGUCUGUGUCUGAGAAAUCAAAACUCCCAGUAGCAGCCAUUGCCACAGCCGAAGUUGCGACUGCCACUGUUGACUUGCCACCGGCUAUUGUCGGGGAAGCAAGUCCAGAAGAGAAACAAGAACUGAUCAAGAAUGACAGUGAUGAAGCCAAAGAUGGUGCUGGUGAUGCAGAAAAGGAUAAAAAAUACAGUGACUACCUUGAAAACAAUUUGGAUACCGCCAGCAAAUCUGAUAACAAAUGGGAGAAUGAUAAACUUGGCGACAAAGACAAAGUGGACAGCGUGUAUCUGAGACCACCUCCGCCACACAAAGCUCAUUCUACAGCAUCCACGCCUGAAGAAGAAGAUUGCGGCAUCAAAUGCCUGUAUUAUACGCUCCAAUGCUGUGAUUGUGUGCUUAUGUAAUCAUCCAUUAUGUAGGUACAUGUUUAAUAUCUAAAAAGUCACAUCAUGUGAUUCAAUUUCUAACAAUUCUUAAUUUAAAUAGAUUAAAAUUUGUAGACAUGUUAUUUCAAAUGGUAUGGGGAAAUGUAAUUAUAGAAGUUUUGUUGUUUUCUGACUUGUUUAAAGAGAAGAGGGCUUUUUUUAAAUACAGUUGUUGGUAACGAGUGAGGGUAGUUCCGUUUUUUUGUUACUUAGUUAAUUUUGCUUGGGAAAUUCUACAUUUUUUUAUAUUAGUUUGAGGUAAAUAUUUUUUUUUGGGAUAUAAAAUAUUUUGUGAAGUAGUUUCUGGUAUAUGUUAUUAGGGGAACAGAGAAGUGGUUUAUAU